ACACACCACAAUACACACCGGAGCAGCCCUCCUCCUCAAAGGCUCCCCUGCAACAUACACACAAGAGCGAGAGAGGUGGUACCCAGCCAAAGGUCAUCUGCAUAGAGGCACAACACAGUCUUGUCCCUGCAUCUCGCUGCAGUCUUUAUAAAACUGGUAAAUAUGCAAGACCCACAGCAAGACUCGGUAACAAGCGUGCCCGCUGCUGGAUCCGCGCCCGCAAUAGAGACAGAGACCCUCCCGACGCUGGAUGCGGCGAUCGACUCUACGCGGCCCGAUACCGCCAUCACGGCUGUGUCUACGGACGCGUCUGCGAACAAUACACCCAGAGCCAACCCGCAUGCAACACGACACAAGGGUAAAGCGAGAAAGGUCUACACGGACGAUUUGGAUAUACCCUUACUACAAAAGACGCCCGUCAAGGCGAGUCAAGCGUCUAGCAAAGCUGCCUCUGUCACCGCAAGUGAUUCAAAGCCUGCGAAGCGGAAACGGUCGCCCACACAAAACAGCGGCGUCAAGGAGGCCACAAAAAAGAGUAAGCCGAGAGAUCGCAUCAAGCAAAUCAUGGUGGAUGGACAUGUACAAUACAGCUAUACGCUACCCAACGGUACUGUACUCAAGGCAAAUGACUGCAUCUACCUCGUGUGCGAACCACCCGGAGAACCCUACUACCUUGGCCGCAUCAUGGAGUUUACCAAAUUUGACUCUGAAUCGCAAGAUAUCAAUGGCGUGCGCGUCAACUGGUUCUAUCGCCCUCGCGACGUUCAACGGCAAAGUCAAGAUUCACGACUUGUCUAUGCAACCAUGCACUCAGACAUCUCACCACUCGGUUCUAUCCGUGGCAAGUGUCAAGUGGAGCAUCGACUACAAAUUAGCGAUGCGGACGAGUACCGCAGAAAGCCAGAUUGCUUCUACUAUGAAAAACUCUUUGACAAAUUUAUUCACCGCUACUACGAUGUCAUCCCCGUUGAGCAGGUUCUCAAUGUCCCGGAUUCUGUCAAGCGUGUAUUGCUUGAGCGUUGGCGUUAUGUUGUGGUUGAAAUGAAUCGUGGCAAGGAACUCGCUAUGGAGCAUCGCGCUUGUAAGCGAUGUAGCAAUUGGUGCUCAAGUAAAGAUUCUGUUCGUUGUGCGCUUUGCAAGUCAGACUACCACAUGCAAUGCGUACAGCCACCCAUGCCACGCAAGCCGAGUCGCGGGUUUGCGUGGACAUGUACGCCAUGUUCACGCGCUGAGCUCAAACGUAUGGAAGAGGCGCGUGCGCCCGAUAUUGGACUGUUGAAUAAAGUAGGUGGCAAGGAGCGUCUUGAGCUGGAAAUGAAGGAACGUCAAGAUCUAUGGACUGCCGCAGAAUUGGAGAAGGAGGAGAAGGAUGAGCACAUGCCUGAUGCAGACAAUCAAGAGACUUUUGUGCCACGCGAAAAGGCAAAGCCAGAGCAGUGGCCUUAUCGGUAUAUGGGUAUUCACUGCAACUUGGCAGAUGUGCUUGAUACAGACGAUCGCAUCUACCCUCGUGCAGCAUCGCGCAUUGGUCCAAGGCAUCAGUGUACGGUACAAGAAUGGCACGGACAUCCAAUCGAGUACUUUGAGCGCAACAAGCGAGCCAUCAAGCGGACACCUAAAGCAAUGAAGGGCAAGCGCUCUGAUGAGCGUGCUGCCGUUGAGCCCAUCGAGGAGACGGUUGAUGCCGCUGAUGCUGUUGACGCCGUUGAGGCCGUCGAGCCUGUUGACGAAACAGAGGCUAUUGACCCAGCUUCCAUGUUGCCCAGCGAACGUCCAGCGUGGAUGCAAGAAAAGCCUUCUGGCUAUCUUGCUCGCGGCGAAGGUAAAACCUCAGAGACCAUCUGGCUUCCCGAUCGUCUCCCGGACAAGGCGGUAGAUGCCUACCUCGCGAGCCUCAAGCCGCUUGCAGACAAGCUCAAAGUCAGCCAAAAUACACCGAAUCUGCUUGAUUUGGCACUCAAAGCACUGCUUGCCAAUCAGCUCGACUCUGAUGCAGCGCUAGAGUCCCUCAAGAAGCUGACCCGGCACAAGCUUGGUGAGCCUCAUUUUACGGCGGAGGACAAGUUCAAGUUUGGUGUGGCUGUGCGCAAGUAUGGUAGUGAGUUGCAUCAAGUCGCAGAAGAGAUUGGCAAGAGUGUGUCGGAGUGCGUGCGCUUUUACUACGCCUGGAAGAAGACGCCACAAGGACAAGACAACUGGGGCAAUUCAGAAGCGAGACGACCAAAGUCAGACAAGAUCCCGACAGUCAAGACGCGAGAAGUCCCCGUGACGGAGCUCGAAAAAAUUGCCGACAGCAGUGACGACAGUGCUUAUGACUCUGUCAAGGCAAUCAAAGUGAAAAAGGUGUUUGCCUGCAAAUUCUGUCAGACAUCAACGAGUGCACGUUGGCGCAGAGCACCUGGUACGACGAGCGGCAGUGGUGCAGUGACUGCAUUGUGUAAUCGGUGUGCAGAUCUAUGGCGACGCUAUGCUGUUCAAUGGGAGUCGCCUGAAGAAGUGUAUCGCAAAGUACACGAGCUGGGCGCCAAGUCAAAGAAGCGCAAGUUUGAGGAAGAGCUUCUCAAGGAAUUACCGCCUAAUGGCGAGAAGCCAGAGAAGCUGGUGCAAGCUGAACAAGAUACAAAAGUCGUCAAGAAGAUCAAGGUCAAGGAGCCAAAAAAGGAGCGCGCGCCAACACCAAUCUUGCCAGAUCCAUGCGAGGUAUGUUUGUCGAGCGAUGAAGCAGGCAUAGCCGUUUGUUGCAAGUGCAAGCUGCGUGUGCAUGCCUCUUGCUACGGCAUCCAAGAAGCAAGCGAUACUUGGACUUGCGAUGUUUGUUUGAAUGAGAGUACGCCCAUUGUCUCGACGACUUCUGCUUGUGUUUUGUGUCCAUCCAGCAAACGUGGGCCGUUGAAGCGCACUGCCGGCAAUCACUGGGCACACAUUACCUGUGCAACAUGGAUGCAGCAUGUCCGGUUUGCUGAUGUCAAGACACUGCAGCCUAUCGAAGGCAUUGGAGCGCUACCACUAACAAUCUGGGAAGCUACCUGUGCCAUCUGCUCCGUUCAGAAAGGUGCGUGCAUUGCGUGCGCAAGCUGUGCCAAGCCACUGCAUGUUGAGUGUGCAAAACAACACGCCUACCCCAUGGGCUUCGAGAUUCAACCCAUCAAGUCUUCACAAUCGCGUCGUGAGCAGCUCACGUUGAUUCGCAUUGGCAAUGAGUCUGGACUGAUGACGGCUGUGGUGUAUUGUCCAGAGCACGACCUACGACGCGCGGGAACAAUCCAUCCCAUGCAGACACCGACGUCCAAUGAGGGUGAAAUUGCACUGGCUGCGUAUAUUCGAACAUCCAAGUCGAGUGAUGCGCCACUUGCGCGCGCACCACGCAAGGGCGGUGUUGCCAAGAGUUUUGUUGGCAAUACCGCUCCACUUGUCAUUGCCAUGAAGACGGAAGAGCUUCGAAAGAAUGCAGCACAGGGUGCAACGGUGGUGGCAGUUGAAGCUGAUGCUCAACGGACGUGCAAGACGUGUGCUGUGACGGUGUCGCCCUUGUGGCAUGACGACGAUGCGGAUAGUUUGUGCCAUUUGUGUCAUUUCAAAAAGACGCAUCCGGGCGUGGUGGUGGAUAAGCCUGUGCCUGAAUGGAUCAAACCAGCUCAAGCAGAUGUGGUCGAGAGGCCGCCUGCGCAGCCGUCUGCUAUGGGCAAAGACGCGCAUCAGCCAUCGAUGGGACAGCCUGUUGAUCAGGCGGAUGAAUCGACGCACACUGCCGCAGCAGUACCUGAGCUUGUUUCAAGUUUGGCUCCUGGAGCCGUGCAACAGCCAGCAGAUAUAGACACGAGCAUGAUUGAUCCGAUGCUCCAGUGAGUCAACGACGCAUUCAUAGGUAGAGAGUCAUGAUAACUCUACUCUUGCUACU